UUGUGUUAAACAAUGUACUUAUCCACGUUAUCUUCUUGACAAGACACACUAUUCAUGUGUGGAUAAAUGCCCAAACAUAACAAGAUACAUACAUCUAAAUGUUUGUAACGCAGAUUGUCCUGAAGGAAAACUAUCAAAUGAAAUUGCGCAAGGAAUGGAAUGCAUCGAAAACUGUCCGUCUAAAAGAUUUCGUUUUAAUAAAACAUGUGUUCCAGUAUGUCCGAAAAAUACAUACAAUUUUAAUAAUUCUAAAUGUGUAUUUGAAUGUCCAUUCUCGCAGCCUUUCGGACUAACAAGCGGAAACUGGCGCUGCAUUAGUAGUUGCAAAAGCUACGAACUAUUCAAAACCGGGCGGUGCAUUUUUGACACAGAGUGUAAAGAACCGUACUUUGCUUUUGAGAAAACGUGCAUAAAGUCAUGCCCAGAAGGCUAUUACUGGUUCAAUGGAUGUUUCAAGAGAUGGCGUGAGUACCCCGAAACAGUUACCAUCGUUCUUUCAAGUAUAUUAACUGUUUUGGUAGUAUGGUCUCGAACAGCGUUGAUAGAGCAUUUCAUUGUACUCUCAAUGAUACUUUUUAAGACAGAUGCGCGUUGCACGAUUGACAGUGCUGAGAGCGAUGAGGAGGGAUUUGAGAACCAAAAUGAAGACGAACAACCUUUGCUGAUAGAGUUGGAUGAAAAUGAAGAAACUUAGUUUUAACAGAUUUAAUAAACUGAAUAGAUUUUCGAUUGCAAAGUUUGACUUGGAUUUAAAUGGAUAUAAUGCCGUUGUGUGUUUGACAUUUCUUUUGUCCUCGAUCACCAUCGACGUAACCCAGAUAGGAUCAUUUUGACUUAGUUAUAUCAAGAUAACUGUCCAGGACGAUAUGAAGCGCUAUUACUGUUUACAAGAAAUUGAAUAUAUUCUUUAGAUGGUCCCAGAAUUUAUAUUUGCGCGGAGAAUACGACAAGAUAAAACAGACACUGGUCUGUAUGUUUUAUUAUUGAACUAAUGUUUUUCUUCUUACUCUGACUAAUAUCUUUUCUUGGUUUAAACAUAUGUAUUUAUCAAGAUAUAUAUUACCUAUAACAUACAUACAUAUAACAUUCAUACAAUACAAAUAUCAAGACAAGUAAACUGAAUUGAAAGCUGCUAGAGCUUAUAGUAAUUCUCUCUACUACAUAAUAAGUAUCGGUACAAGGUUAUGGCGGUUAAAAUUGAUUAUAAUAAUAAAUCUCGACCAAAGUUGAA